GAUUUCAUUAAUUGAUUAUUUACGAUAGUAUAUAGAACCCGAGAAAGUAAAAAACACUUAAAAUAGAAAAAAUAUUAAUUAAAGAAUAUUUAAAACCUUAUUUUAUACUUUUACCAUCAUAGGUUACAAUAAAAAUCUAUUUAUGGUUAAUAGUUUAUAACUUACUCCUCACUUCCCAUAAAUCCACCUCUUUCCGAAAUUCCCAUCAUAUAAACGUGCUUCUCUAUAUUUCUAAUUGCUUUUAACUUUUUAAGUUUUUCUAUCUCAGCAUUUCCCUCUGUCAUAGUACUACUAUGUUAAUAGAACAAUAAUAAAAUAUACUUCGUAUAAGAAUAUAAUAGUACUAAUAUAUACUGUGUAUAUGUCUUCUCUUGAAUCCCAUAAUAAUUUGUGUGAAGAUGAUGAAGCUGUUCACAAUGAUGAUCGGCAAGAAAGCCUUGGGUCACCACAUGAUGAUGGCCUGACUGAUUCUAACGGGGAAGGCUACUUUGACCUGCCACCGGAAUCUUUUUGUAUCCCGGUGGUUUCUGAGAAGGACUGGUUGUACCAAAAUGCAACCGUCCUCCGGAAAACCUCCCGGAAGUUGGUGUUUCCCCGUGACUCCGGUCACGGCAUGAAGAGCUCUCGGGCGUCGUUGAACCGGAUGCAUAGUCUUUCACGCAUUGCUUUUCCAGCUACUCAGAAGUCCAGAGCGGCGGAUGGCAACCACCGGAGUAAUGGGGUGAGCCUGUUCAGAAGCCAGUCUGAACCGGUUUGGAAUUUGGCCAUGCAGCAGCAGCCUGAACCGGCUUCUCCCCAUGUUACUUGUAUGGGAAGGGUCCGGUCGAGGAAGGGAGGAGUCGGGAGAAUUGGGAUAGUUAAAUGGUGCAGGACGGUUCUAAGAAACCGGUUUGGAAAAAGCCGGGAUUCGAGCUAAUUUGCAUCUCCGGUUCAAUGGUGUGAUGUAUAAACCGGCUUGGAAGAAGCCGGGAUUUGAGCAAAUUACCAAUUUCCAGUUGCACAUCAUCCAGUUCAAUGGGUCUAAUGUAUAACCCGGUCCUGAAUAAACACCGACCAGUCUCGGCCAGGUUGCAAAUCCAUAGGAGUCUUUGUUGUUGCAUAUGUAUGUUUCUUUUAGUUACUAUAUAAAAAGUAUGUAAUAAAUUAUGAGGAUUAAUCAGUUAUUCGUUCAUUAAUCACUUUUUUUUGUGAGCAUUCAAUAG